AUGGCGGCGAGCGCGGCCGCGGGUAAAACUGUGAUGGCAACAAGGCCCAGAUCAGAUCUGUAUAUCAAUCUACCUGCUUUGGAGAAAUUGGACGCCAUGCUGCUUGAAAUCCUGGAGAGUUUUGAGAAGACGGAGUUCUGGUACGUGGACGACGGCGACCGGUCGCCGAGCGCGAAUAUAUCGAGAUCUUUCCGGCGAGUUCUGAAGAGAAACGAGGAGAAGUGGUGGCGCCCCAUUCCCUGCCUUCCUUCUUACGGCCUCACGGCCAAGUCCCGUAAGGAUCUUAAGCAGAAGCGAGACUGCGCUAACCAAAUCCACAAGGCCGCCAUGGCGAUCAACAACGGCAUUCUUGCUGAGAUGGACGUCCCUGAUUCCUUCUUCGCCACAUUGCCCAAGUAUUCCAUGAAGAUUCAAUAUAACAAGGAUUUGGGCCAAGCAAUAUUGGAGAGUUAUUCGAGAGUGUUAGAGAGCUUCGCAUUCAACCUGGUGUCUUAUAUCGACGACGUGCUCUACAUUGACGAAUCCGUUAAGAAACGGUGA